GAGCCUGAGCGGAGGAAGAGUCACGGGCAACAGUACUGUGCUAGAAUACACACCUCUACUUCUUCUGUGGUGUAAUGAAAAGCCAGAGGAGUAGGAACAACAUCCUGCCAAACCCAACUUUCCAUCAUGGUUGUCCCAGAGUCACAGGAUAAGACGUUUCUCCUAAGUGGCUCUGAGGGAGUGAGCCAACAGUACAGUCCCAACCCAUCCUCAUCCCUUUUCUCUGGAAGGCCGCAGCCUUUGAACCCUAAUGGGAACGUAUUCCCACUCAACUCCGGCCUCCAUUACGAGCCACGAGACUACACUGAGACGGACUCCCUGCUGCCCAAUGAACUCUACAGUGGGUCGAGGUUCGGCGGAUCCGCGAGAGCUAAGGCUGCAGAAGGCUCCGGUGCACCCGCAGAGUCGUUCUGCUCCAUGGUUCUGCAGAUCCUGGUGCCGUUUCUGCUCGCCGGGCUCGGGACAAUUUGUGCUGGGUUGCUGCUUGAUAUGGUUCAGAACUGGGAGGUGUUCCAGGAUAUCACAGAGAUCCUCAUUCUGGUCCCCGCUGUUCUAGGCAUGAAGGGGAACCUGGAAAUGACUCUGGCCUCGAGACUCUCCACGGCUGUGAAUGCAGGAAAAACUGAAUCUGCCAGAGAGAAGUGGAUGCUGAUUAUUGGGAACCUGGCGCUCAAGCAGCUACAGGCCACAGUGCUGGGCCUGUUGGCAUCUCUCAUGGCGACUCUGUUGGGCUGGAUGGCAGAAGGAAAGAUGCCUUUAAAUCACAUGAUGCUCCUGUGUUCAACCAGUGUUUCUACCGCCUUUGUGGCUUCACUGCUGCAAGGUAUCGUCAUGGUGGGCGUGAUCAUUGGUUCCAAGCGGAUGGGAAUAAACCCAGACAACGUGGCGACGCCUGUGGCCGCUAGCUUUGGAGAUCUCAUCACGCUCGCCUUGCUGGCCUCCUUCAGUCAGUGGUUCUACUCCUUCAUGGAUAUUUAUCCGUAUGUGUUGUACCUGGUGGACCUGUUAUAUUUAUGCCUGAUCCCCGUCUGGGUGACCGUCUCCUCCAAACACCCAGCGAGUCGCCUCCUGCUGCGCACGGGCUGGGAACCGAUCAUCACGGCGAUGGUCAUCAGCAGUAUCGGAGGACUCAUUCUGGACAAGACUGUGUCGGAGCCAAACCUGGCAGGAAUCAUAGUUUACGCUCCGGUUAUAAACGGCAUCGGAGGAAACCUCGUCUCCAUUCAGUCUAGUCGCAUUUCUACUAAUCUGCAUUUGAACUACUCCCCUGGGGAGCUUCCUGAGGGCAGGAAGAGCUGCAACAACCCGUGCCAGGCCUUCUUUGGUUCAGGAGCAAAUCAUCGCUCCGCCCAGGUCCUGCUCCUUUUGGUCGUCCCUGGUCAGUUGAUCUUCUUGCACAUUAUCCAUCUGAUGAAAGGAGGCCACACUUUGCCCAGUCCCAUCUUCACCGUCGUCUUUGUGUCAGCUUCCUUGAUUCAGGUGGCCUCCCUGCUCUGGGUGGCCGACUGUAUGGUCCACUGUCUCUGGAGAAGGGGUAAAGACCCGGACAGCCACUCCAUACCCUACCUCACAGCCCUGGGAGACCUACUGGGGACUGCACUCCUUUCUCUUGCCUUCCUCAUGCUGUGGUGCAUUGGUGACCCUGGAAGUGUGUAGCUUCUUCAGAAGAAGAUUAAAAAGAAAGAACAAUUCCUCCAACCACUGCCUGUCAGAAGCAAUCAUGUUGAUUUAAAUUAGAACCAGAUAAGGGCGACUUUUAUUUUUUUGUAUUUUCUGUUACUGUGUCUCCUGAUGGAAACCUUAUGGGGUCUGUCAAGAUUCUGAGUCACCGGGUUCACAAUGAAGUAUAUUCAAAGACUAAAACAAGGGUCUAUAGUUUGUUGGCAGAAAGACUUCUCCUCAGUACCUCGAAUAGAAUAGAAUAAAAAACCUUUAUUUGUCCCACAGUGGGAAAAUUGCAGUUUACAACAGCAUAUGUAGUGCAGAAAA